UUUAAUUUAAAUUCAUAAUUUAGUUGGUAAAAAUUAAGUAAUUAAUGGUAAAUACUGUUGGAGGUGAGAAUCUGAGUGGUUCAUAUGUACCGGCGGAAUCUUUGGCGGAGUUGGAGAAGGAACUGGAAGAUCGAUUAAAAAACGACGUAAAAGAAUCAUUUAGGGACGGAAAAUAUGACAAUUGUGACAAAUGGCCUUUUCAACUUAAUAUUCCUCGAUUUAACUCCCUGUUCAAUCCUUCAAGUUAUUCGUCUAAUCUUGAUUCUUCUACGGUAUUACACAAUGAGUUUGCCAGUAUAAUUAAGCAGUUGAAAGCGCUUGACAUGAUUAAUCGCAUUUCCUUCCGGAUUUAUCCACUUUUACGGAAAAUUCUAAUUGUUACUGAAGGGUUCGUUUGUUUUUCCCUUAAACAAAUUCGUUUUGGAGAGGUAAAAUUAGUUUCUGAAAUCCUCGAAAAUGACUCGCUCUCCAGUACUCUCGACUCUUUCUACAGUGACAACGACUUAAUACUGAGAAAAUCAGAAAUAUUAACAAAGUUAAGCUUUGAUCAGUUCUCUGUUGAAAGUGUCAUGGAGGCGUUUGAGGUCAUAUCUUCUCUUUUGUGCCAGAGCAUUAAUUUGAAUAAUGCUCAGGACAGUGAGUUACUAAUGAAUUUCAUCUUGUUUAACAAUUUGCAAAGAGUUUUCUCAACCUUUUUACUGUACACAACUUUUAUAUUUUGUAACGGUGUGGAGGAUAGUAUCAAUUUUGACCUUGAGCGGAUAAUAAAACUAAGCAGUUUAAUCCUGGGAAACGGCGAACUCCUGAGUAAAAACAACGUCGAAAACUGGCUCAACGUGUUUUUUCUCCCGAUUUAUGACAUUUUAUCCAUUUCCUUCUCACUUUUCACAUUUGACGAAGAAGCUUCUUUGUUUUAUUCUCUAAUGGACUCUAUUAACACUUUGGAAGUGUUUAUUUCACUGGAUUUAGGACGAUUAUUAGAUAACUUAUCCAAUUAUCUAAGGCUUUACACGUUAAAUUUGAAGAAAUUCAGCGAAAUCGCCAAUGAACAAUUUCAAUCCCGUUAUAACCAACUGGGAAACUCUGUUAAUACGCCUGUAAAUAGUCAAAAUCCGCUCAUUUCCAGUAGCCAAACUCCACUUAUAGUGAGUACCCAAACUCCACUUAUAGUGAGUAGUCAGAAUUCAUUUAUAGUUAGUAAAACUCCCGUAAUAUGUAACACUCAAAGUGUAUUGAGUAGCCAAACACUUCUUGUUCCUAGUAGUCAGAACGGUGUAAAACUGAGUAGUCAGAGUUCCAGUCCCAGGGAAUCUAAUCACUCACAAAAAAGUGACCUUAAAAAUUGCAUAACUCAAUACUCUAAACUGUAUAACAUAAUCUCAUCGUUGACUGGGAAGCUGAGUAAGUUACCGAAGAUAACUCACGGUACCGGCGAGUUAUACCGUUUCAUGGAUAACGUAACUGAGAUUAUCAUGUAUAACGUGAAGCUAAUUGUAGUCUCAGACGCUUUAGAGUAUAUAACCAGGAAGAAGCCGAACAUCGAGUUGACCGGUUUCUUAAAGGAAACGCUGGUAAAAUCCUGGGAACUCUCAGUCUCAAUCUUCAACAGUCUUCCAUUUAGCAUUAUCAACGCGCUUUUUUAUUAUAUUGGAAGUUCCUUUAAUAAUAAGAAUUUAUUGGCCCAGGUAUACCUCUACAAUACCAUAGAAUUUAAAAGGCUAAACCUGCAAGAGUUUAAUAAGUACAUUAAAAUGCUGCAUCACAUACUGAAAAACUCCGAGGAUCUCUUCAUGUCUCCGGUGACAUUUGACAAGAAUUUGCGAGGUUUCAAGACGAAAUAUUUAACAGUUAAAUUCUCCACAGUAUGUCAACUGUUAUUGCAUGAACUUAAUAAACACAGCACUAACACCGAGGGGAUUUUGUAUAUGUUCGUCAGCUGGUGCUACUCAACCAAUCCUUUCCACCAAGUUCUCUCCAUUAAAAUUUGCUCAUUCAUUUCCAAGAUACUGGAGAUAAAUGCAAAGUAUAUGGACAUGUGUAGAUAUAUUAUGGAUAUUAUUCUAGGCCUUUGCUUCUUCACACAUUUUGAUUCCUUACCACAGAAUACUCAUUCCACUAGACACAGUCACACCAGUGAUCAUAGUUCAAGUGAUGACAAUGCUGAGGAUUGUGGUGAGUUGGAACACGCGUUUACUAAUUUGGGUCAAGUAAAUUUCUAUCAAAUGUGUUCAUUUAGUAAGCUGCGGAUACUGUCAAAUUCACCCUUAAUGCCCUGGUUAAUAGAGCAUGUAGCACUACCUUAUACGUGUGCCUUUGUUAAUUCCCUAAAGUCACUAAUCAAAGGCUUACAUAAACCAAAUUGCAACUGCAUAAUCUGCCACUACAACUGUUUCUUCACCAAAACACAUAAAUCCACCCUAAAACACAAUCACUCACUGGAGAAUAACCUUGUGACUGUAAAUCCAGAAGAAACUCAAGUGUUGGAUGAGAUGGAGGGUGAAGAAUCUGACCCUGUGUGUCCCUGUGUGAACAGUGUGAUAAUUAAUAAAAUACCGUCAAUAAAUCAUUAUUUGGAGUUGGUGAUAUCAAUUUCAAGUAACUGGCCUUUGAAGCAUCAAAAGUUAGACCAGCUCCAGUCCAUAACCAACACCUUAAACAAAGUGCUAACGCAGCUGGUGAAUUUACUAGUAAAUUUAAAGGGAAAAGGCGAUGUUGACUUGAAAAUUUCACUUUUUACAAUCUCAAUCAAGUUAACCAAGGCCAUUAGCAACACCAAGGACUUCAAACUCAAUAAUACCAACCUACCGUCACUCAUCAAAUUAUCCUCCAUUCUCGGGUAUCAGGAGAUAUGUAAGGGUAAUACUGCUUGUUAUAUGAAGUUGUUGAUGGAGAUAUUUGGAAUAUUACACAACAUCUUAUGCAAGGACAGGAAUGAACAAUUGUUCGAAUUACACAAGGGACUCUACAACUCACUUGUGGGCAAAAUUGAAAAGUUCCCACUCACACUCACUAAGCUUGAGUUUUAUAAGAGUACGAAUGUGGACCUGUUGAGGACGUAUGAGACGAAUAUAAAAUCAAUAAUAGAGGCGACAAAGGGGAUAAAUUCCCAGACCCUGAGGGUAAUUUACAACUACCGCACCUGGAAAUUCAUCAUACAAAAUAACCUCAAAACUGAACUAUUAUCCAAUCUAUCCAGUCAAACCCACUAUAAUUCAGUAAAUAAUUCGGUGAACAAUUUGGUGAACGGAGUGAAUGUGACGGAAAAGAGUUUGGAGAAGGUGUUGGAUGAGAUGAUUGAGAACGGCCCAGUGAGGCGGGACGGUAUGGAAUACACAAUGCUAAUCAAUUUGCUAUACAUAAAAUCCAUACAAAUCAAAGAAUUACCAAACGAAGAAAAAUCACAAGAACUUACCAUUCUAUAAUCUAACUCAUUAUUUUAAUUAUUUUAACCUAAUUUAUUAUUUUAACCUAAUUUAUUAUCAA